AAGAAGUCUGGCUACCGUCUGGAAUACUCUGCAAACAACAGGGCAAAAUGCAAAGGACCGAAGCCAUGUGCUGGCACGACCCUCACUAAGGGUUCGCUGAGGGUUGGCACCAUUGUUGACUUCCGAGGCCACACUUCCUAUGCAUGGCGCCAUUGGGGCUGUGUAACCCCACUGAUCUUUACGAACAUGAAGCAGCAGUUCAACGAGGCUUCUGAGUUGGAUGGCUUCGAUGACCUCAAGGAGGAGGAUCAGGAGCGCGUGACGAAAGCCUGGGAAGCCGGCCAUGUCGCCGACGAAGACAUUCCUGAAACUGCAAGGAAAGCUGAAGGCGACGAGGAGGAG